AUGGCAACGAAACGUGACCUCGAAGUAGAAGAGAUCAACACCGUUACACUCUCUGAUGUUGUGGUAAAAUCGGGUAAAUCUCAACAACAUAUCACCGGUGUGAAGGAGUUAAGUGGAGGCCUGCUUGUAAAUGGAAACAUUGAUUUGAUGCAGAUGAAUGGCGUGGAUAUGAUGGAACUGAACAGAACGGUUGUUUGGAAGGACAGACCUGCUACAUUUGGACAAAGUCUGGUUAUCGAGAACUUGGUAGAAUCAGAAGCUUCGGUUACUGUACAAGGAACGGUCAACGGCCUGGGGCUUCAUGACCUUGAUUACGAGGUCUCGAACAUCAUGUCCUACAUCAAGGCCCAAAGUGAAAAGAUGACCGACCUGAGCACCAGAUUCACGAACGUCCAAAAUGACAAUGAUCGUCUGACAUGUGGUUUGUACGAGAAAAUGUCUUACGGAGAGAACGUUGGGAAACAACUCGUUGAAUUUGCAGGGAAGUUAACUCAUGGACAGUGGGGAGAUAAUUAUAUUGUAGCAGUAAGGGACUGUGGCCUGGUCUGUACAUGCAAUGCAAGAUCUGCGGUGUACCAGGUUGCAGAUGACGGGAGCCUGCAGCAUAAUGUUACCAUCAGUGAUCACUCUGUAUUCGUCUUCAAAAGCAGUAAUCACAAAGGGACAAGGCUUGAGCAUGGAUGUUUUGGCCAAAUAGGGUUCAGCACAUUCAAAAUAAAGAACAAUGAUACACAAGUUAUCACGGAUGACACAUUGGGCUUGGUCGCUGACGUUGCGUCCUUUACGUCAGAGGAUAAUGGAGUAAUUCAGACGUAUUUCGUCACUGUCGGUCGCAUGGCUGAUGUGACAGAUUCAACGGAGACAACGCUGGUCACGGCACUACGGCUAGAGGAAAACCAGUUAGUCAAGGUUUGGUCAACACACACACACAGCAGUGCCUCGACAGUAGACAUGGCAAAGGUCAAUGAUCGAUGGUACAUGUUGGUAGCAAAUACUGCGACAGGGAAUAGCACUAGUGAUCCUUAUACUGCAAAGUCGCUUGUAUAUGGUUGGUUCCCGUCUGAGGAAAAGUUCUUAGUGCAAGGAGAGUACAUGGGAGAUCACGUGACGUCAGCAAUAUUCCUGAGUUCGAGUUACCCAGUACAGGAACACUUCUUCACUUUAGCUCAGUUAAAGGCUGCUGACUUUUCUUCCUUUGAAGAUAAUGUGAAAUAUACAACAAAAGUUCUGGUAUUCAGAUUCGACGAACAUACGUCCAAGUUCAAGCCAUACGAAUCUCUAGCUUCAUACGGGGUCGUUGCGCAGGAAGAGAUGCGAAUUGGAGAUGACCUGUACUUGUUGCUUCUCUCGGAGCAAACACGCACACUGGACGUUUAUGAAUACAUAUUCUCUGAAGUUAGUACAGUUCCCAGUGCCCAAUGCCCAGUGCCCAAUGCCCAGUUCAUGAUUUCAGAUGAAUCGGCAAUAGUUGUCUUUAAGUGUAUGCUAAAUGUUUUUUUUCUUUCUUUCUUUCUUUUCAGGGUUUCCGGCUUUACCAACAAAUUUCGGUGUGCAAUAGUCCUGUUGACCUGCAGAAGAUGGAAGCCAAAAACAGACCUCUGGAAUGUGAAAAUCAAGAUCGGUCACGGGGGCCUGCUGUUAGACUCCUUGCUGGUGGAGUACAUGCAGGGAUCAAAGGCCAUAAUCCGUAUUAGUGGGGCAUCGCCAUGUGACAAGAGUAGCAUCAUUAGUAUUCCAAAUCAAAACCAACAGUCCAAAGGAAAAAUACUUUCCGGCCAAUUCAAGGAAUGUGAAAAUCAAGAUCGGUCACUGGGGCCUACUGUUAGACUCCUUGCUGGUGGAGUACAUGUGAGGCCAGUUGAGUUAGGCUACAAUAUACCCAAUAUAGCUUACAUCAAGUACCCAGUUGCACAAAAACGAAUACUUAGUCCACGAGCUUUUGCAAAUGCUAUUUAG